CUACACGUUAAAGCGUGGGGAGCAGCGUAGGGGUGCACAGCAGCUCCAGCCAGCGAAGAAGGGUCUGCGGGGCCUUCACACGCACAUUCGAGGACUCGUCCCUGUUUCAUUUUCACCAGCUCAGCUGCCACGAGCCGCCAUGCCGGUGAAGAACUCCGUGGCGGUGGAGCGGCGCACCGACCUGGCCUCGCUCUUCUGCAUGAUCGGCCGCCACGGUCCGGCCGUGGCGCUGGCGGUCAUAGCCAUGGUGUCCGUGGUGGCCGGCUUCAUCUUCUACAGGAACGUGAGGGGGAAGCGAAGGAAGGCCACGGUGGGAGAAGCGGCCGCGGUGGGAGCCGGAGCCGGAGCCGGGGCGGAGAGAGACGCGUCGGUGAUCGGGACCGAUGAGGAGCUGGAGCCGGAGCUGGAGCAGGAGCCGAGCGCGUCAACAGAUGUGAGUGAAGGCUCGCCGUACACAAAGGUGGAUCCUGAUCUCAUUCCAAGUGGCCCCAGGCUCCGGCAUCGUCGAUCUCCUUCUGCAGAGAAACCUCCAACUUUCUGCCCACCUCAGGAGACCUCGGCAGUUCAGGACUGUUACAGAGUUGCUGAGACUCAUGAGGAGGAAGACAUUCAGAGCCUGCAAGAUGAUUUGACCUUGGUGACUGCAGUGGACGUGAAGGAUGUGGAAGACGGCCCCCACAGUGCAACAGAUGACUCUUCAACAGACGCAGAGCCGGACUGCAAUGUUGAGAAUUACCUGCACCCUGAGCUGGUUCAUGAGACCCACACAGAGGCGAAGGUGCUUCAAGCAGAAUGUGAGGAAGACAGGAACACAAUCGUAGAUGAAGUUUCACAAGGGGAUAGUGAAGAGGAGGAAAACCUGCAGUAUACUCCUGACAGUCCACCAUGCCCUGAACAAGAUUUUCAUUUGAGUGAAACCACCGACGACUUCAAAUUGCAGGAUGGUUUAGACACAGGCAGCAAUUUGGAGAAGCCGAUAGUUGAGACUGAAGAGGAUAUUAGCCUGCAAACCAAUCAAGUGGAGGAAAUUCUGUCAUGUGUUUCUAACAGUUCAGUGUGCUUUGAGCAAGAUCUUCAUAUGAGUGAGACCAAAGACGAUGAGCUGCAAGGAAGUGAAGCCACACCAGACACAAACAGCGAAUUGGAUGAGCCCAUUAAUAAUACAGAAGACUUCCAAAACGGUGAAGAAGUGGAAAACCUAUGUGCUUCCAACAGCCCAAUUUGCUUUACACAAGUCUCUCAAAUAAGAGAAAGUGUCAAACUGCACGAUAGUGAGAUUACACCAAAUACAAUCUGCAGUGUGGAGCAGCCAAUCACUCAAAUUAAAGAGGUUUUCAAUGGAAAAAUAAGUCAAGAGGAAGAAAGUUCUCAAUGUGUUUCGACCAGUCCAGUUUGCCUUGAUCAAGAUGUUCAUGUUGGUGACAAUGGUGAAGACCACAAACUGCAAGUCAGUGAAGUCCCAUCAGUUCCAGAUGGCAAUUUGGAGCAAAUGGUCACUGAAAGUGAAGCUGAACCCACCCCACACAUCUGUGAAAAGAUCGAGGUCAAUUUAGAGGAAAAUAGUCAAGUAGAAUGUACAGAGUUUUCCCAAAAUGAUCCUUUUCAAGAGGAACACGAAGAAAGUAAGGUGGAGGAAGCAAUGCUGGAGUGCUCAGAUGACAAAGUGUUUGCUCAGCAGUUGGGGUGCUUGACUUCUAAACAAGACACAAACCUGCUCUGUUCACAGCAGGAUUGGUGUCAUGCGACGAACGUGGUGCUGUCCAGUCGCGAAGAUGACCAUUUUCAGACUGCCGAGGUGACUGAGGAGAUCAGAGGUGAAGACCAUUUACACAAUCUUACAGAAGUCGAACCUGAUGUCAGCCCACCAGAGAUUUUUGAGCAUCAACUGCAAGACGAACACAAAGAAGAUAAUUUUGCUUUCAGUCAAGAGGAACGUGUUGGUGAAGAGAAAGUUGUAGAUUCUUGCAAUGACAAAUGUGAGGAGGUAGAUAAUUCUGUCUCCUGUUUGAACCAGUCAGCUGACUCUGCCAAGGAGAACAAGAGUAGUGAUACAGAAGUCUCAGCCUCUGAUAUUGUCCAUCUUCCUAAUUUGUCCUCAGAUGAUCAGCAACCUCAAAAUGAAGGGAAGAAAGAUGAAAUUACUCCAGUUUUGAUGGGUGGGAUGGAACAGGAUGUUAUGGAUAAGAUGUGUCUUCAGGAAGAAAUUGCAAGUGAAAAGAAUAGAAGUGAUCAAGUUGUGGCGUUGGUGGAAGAGAGUGCUGAACAUCUUGGGGCCUCUUGUGACCAAGACCAGCAAAAGGACAGCACAGAAAGUCAUGAGAUGCUCAACAAGACUGAGAAUCCUUCAGCUGAUUCAGCUGCUUGCUUAACUUCAUCUUUAUCUAAUCCUGACUUAUUGGCUUCAUCUCAAAGCGUGGAAAGUGACCAAAUGCAAACUAUUUCUGCUUUUCCUGAAGUGACCAGUGGCGCUACUUCUGACGCAGCUGGGUGUAGCGAGAACCAAAUUUCACUGUCUUUUGUGGAAAGUCAGCUGUCACGGUCAUUGUCUGGUUUUGGAGGAGAGAGCGGUAUCUCAAGCAUGGCGGUCAGCCCCGAUUUGUCAGAUGCUCUUGAUGAGUUUGGAACAACCCUUGAAGAUGUGCUGCCCUCGGAAGUGGACUGCCUUGCAUGCUCUGAGGAACAGGCAGAGUCCCCAGUAAUUUUUACGGAUGAUGCGGCUGUGUCUUUUGGUGGAGAUAUAGCUGGUGGGGCACCUGAACCUUGUGAAAACCUUCCCCAGCAAACCGGCCAAGAUUGGGCCAUGGACAGUUCUAUUGCAGUCAAUGAGGACGUAUUUGGCAAUGAUGUUGAAGAUGGUUACUAUCACACAGUAGACCAGUUAAUGACGGAGAUGGCAGCCAACGUUAUGACAACAGAUGAGAUCAGAGAAGCUAGCAAUGAAGUUCCUGUUCUGGUGGUGAAAACUGAUGGGAAAGAAGGGGCCGAGAGGAAGGAAGAGGGAAGAGGAGCUUGAAAAGACUGAGAUCAGUAUAAUGGAGGCAACAAUGGACAAUAAUGAGUGGAUCACAGAUGAUGACACAAGCAUAGACACAGAUAUCCCACCUUCCACUGAAGCCAGCCAGACCGGCUCUCUUUCUCUUGAAGAAAACUU